GCCAGAGAAACGUUGGUGAAAGGGCCCACGGGCUCGAUUGCGCGCUGGAGCCAGCCCACUAGCGUGCGAGGAUGCAGGCUUUUCCGGUGGGUUGGUGGGAAGGGCAGGCCCGAAGUAGCGCCUUUUGCAUGGGUCAUGUAUGGAAGACAGCGUGCGUGCGAUAGGCGAUUCAGACCUUGCAGGUUCGGUAGCGCGACUGGGCGCCCAGUUCGUCUGGAGAUGGACUGGAGAAAAGGCGUGGUCCUUCUGCGACGCCACCAUUUAAUUCGCCGCCCUCCUUUUUGUUGCUUAAAGAGUUUUUUGUUUUCCUCCUGUUUCAUCUACUUUGCAUAGUAGCGAUAGCCGGUCGGGCGAUCUGUUGAAAUACUGCAACGUCUUCCCUCCGAAGAGAUGGGCGCACCGCCAAGCUUGUAACCGCACCACCAUUCCGAGUGUUUCGAGCCACGCUCCUCUACCCAAAUGUCAGAUUCUCGAGUUACCAAAGCCAUCCAAGAGGGCAAAGUGCCUGCGGAUGUGGAUCCGACGCUGCUCUACGAAUCUAGAGACUCGCAGACUAUCACGGCAAUCAUAAUCGUCACAGCCAUCACGUUUUUCGUGGUCUGCAGCCGCCUGUUGUCACGGACACUUAUCGUGAAACGAUGCGGGCUCGACGAUCUUCUGGCUGUCUUGUCCAUGAUGUGCCUUGUUGCCUUUGUCGGUCUGUGCAUUGAGCUGAUCAACCUUGGCUCAGGACGCCAUUUUCCCUUUAUCCGUUAUGUGCUCAGUGUCGAUACCGUGUUACAGACACAGGUACUUGACUAUGUUGCCCAUAUUAUAUACACCGUCGCCUUGCUGCUCUGCCGCAUCUCGGGUCUCGCUUUUUAUCACCGCAUCUGCGGACUCCACGACAGAUUUCUCUUCGCCAUCAAGAUUGUACUGGGGAUUUUGAUUGCCGGCUUUCUCCCGCAAGUCUUUUUGCUUAUUUUCCACUGCAGUCCAGUCACUGGAUAUUGGCCAUAUGGGUGGGAACCCAUCGCUGACAAGUACACAUGCCUUCAAUGGGGCCUCGUGUAUAGUGUCAACUCUAGCGUCUCUUUGCUUUGCGACCUUUUGCUCUUUGGUAUACCCAUUGCCAUGCUGUGGAUAUUAGAGAUGCCUCGCAAGAGAAAGAUUCAGCUGGGUUGCAUCUUAUUACCAGGAACUGCCGUUGUUGCCAUCUCCAUCACACGUUUAGUGUUGGUUAUUCUUGGCCAGUGGCAGGAAGAUCAGUCGUGGUCUUACAACCCCAUGUUAGGUGUUGAAGUUUCGGAGAUUGGGGCAACACUAAUAGCGCUGUCCGUCCCCGGAGCAAAGCCGUUGUUUGACCGGGUUGUAUUGAACAAGACAUCACAUGAUGAGUCUACCACAGGGCCGUCUGACUACUAUGACAGCAAAAACAGAAAUCGUUCACGGACACAGCGCAGUCGGAGCACGAGGCUGUCGACGUUCCGACCACAGCAUUCUACGCUGCAUAGCCAGGAUCAUGAUGCCAUCUUGGAGACGCAGAUUAUCGGGAACGACUCGAGAAAUAGCGGAAGUGAUCAAGACGAUUUGAGAGACGGAAUCUAUGUCAAGAUGGACUUUGAUGUGCAUGAGACGAAACCAGCACCCUUGAGGCGAUGAUUAUGAAGGGGCAGUGUGUUUUGUCUUGUUUGUGCAUUUGCUUGUUCAAUCACUUUGCAUUAGUAGCGAUAGAUAUCCCCCCUGGUCACGAAUUAAUUACCUCGUACAUUUUUGCA